AUGGCCGCGCUGCGCUUCGGGCCGCCCCCGGCGGAGCUGCCCGCGGUGCCGCCCUCCUGCCCGCCGGGCCGGUGGCUGUGCGGGACGGUCGGGGGCAGCGGGGGAGGGCCCGGGGCGGCCCCGGCGCCCCUCGCGGCGGCGGCGGCGGCGGCGGCGGCGGAGGGAGCUCCAUCGGCGCAACGUCGGAAACGGACGAGCUUCACGGCGGCGCAGCUGGAGACGCUGGAGCUGGUGUUCCAGGACACCAUGUACCCCGACAUCUACCUGCGGGAGCGGCUGGCCGACGCCACGCAGAUCCCUGAGUCUCGCAUCCAGGUCUGGUUCCAGAACCGCCGCGCCAAGUCUCGCCGGCAGCGGGGGCCGCCCCGGCCGGGUCCCCCCGCCCCGCCGCCCCAGCGCCCCCCGUGCGGCGCGGCCCCAAUGCUCCGCGCCCAGGAGGAGCGCCGAGAGUGGCCGCCCCGCUCAGCCGGCCCGCCCGGCCCAGUGCCGCGCCCGCACGCGGGGAGCGGAGGCGCCCCGGCAGGGCCCUACCCGCCCCGCCCCGCGUUCCCCCUCCCGGCCGGCGGCGGCUUCUCGGAGCCGGGAAUGGAGUGGGAGGAGAACGCCCUCGGCGCCUUCCGAGCCCUCUGA